AUGGGCAAGUCCGCAGGCCUGGACAGAAUCGAACUGCGUCAGUGGCUCACUCUAGUCAGCUGCGAUGAGCGGCUCGACUGUCCUGGGAGUGAGACAUUCCGUCUGACUAACAUCCGCUGGAAAGAGAUUGGGCGUGCACAAGUGGCGGCUAGCUUUUCCUGCCUUGCAUGUACGGAGGCGAGAGCAGGUGGCCGUCGGCCCUUGUUAAUGGGGUUUUACUCGGAGACUUCAGCGUGGCUUAACUCUGUACAGCAUUCGGCUAGGCAGGGAAAGGUAGCCAACACUCCCGGUACCAUGGUUUUAGAGCAGCUCUAA